UUGGGGAAAAUGCUUUCAUUUCAUAAAUGUUUGUUUGGAAAUGCUCACAGAUUUUUUACAGACAACCCAGUCUGAAAUAAACUAGAAUGUUACAUUUAUUUUGAGUGAGAGCAAGAAAAAUAAGUCAAGUUUCUUUCUGUAUAGGUUUUUCAUUUAUCUUUUGUUAUUUUUGUACUUUUUUCCAUCUUGUGCUAAAUUAGCAAAAACUGGAAAACUCAGUGAUUUCAGUAUACGUUUAAUGCACAAUUAUUAUUAUUAUUAAAUGUGCUAUUGGGGAUCUUCUUAUUGUUACAUAUUUGUCCAGAUUUGUGCAUUUCCGUAAAUUAAUAAUUUGCAAAAUGAUAAAUAGGAUCUUAAAUGCAAUCAUUUGCUCUAAAUUUCAUAGGGAAUGAUUCAUUUUUUCCACAUAGGGAGUGGUUUUAUGUUAGCCCUGAAACAAUGCUUUCUCUGGAAUUCAGAUGCUGGUACACUGUGGAAAUUCUGAUUGGUUAAAAGUUCCCCCCUAAGUUCUUGUAGCCAAUGAGAAGUGUCUACAUUUCUUUCUUUCUUUCUCUGUGUGCAUGAAUUUAAAUGAAACCUUUGUUUAAUAAAGGGGAGAAACAAGGAGUACAAGUCACUGAUUUUGUGACUUUUUUGCACAUUAACAAAUGUAUAAAGAUAUUUUUGUGUAGAUUACCCAAAUGCACCUCUUGUCUUUCAGAGUGAAAAUCGCAAUCGUUGACAACUAUGAAUAUGAAAACCUAUCAAGGCUUUCACUGCAACCCAAACACACAGCAAGCAUGUGGGUAUCCAAACUCAUUGCCCUGUGCCUUUUGGCUGUGGCCGUGUCUGGCGAGGACAAUAAGCUGAGUAGCCAUGCAACCUCCAUGGCAGACACCAGCGUGAACCUGGCCUUCAAUCUUUACCACAAUGUCGCCAAAGAGAAGAACCUAGAGAACAUCCUCAUCUCUCCUGUGGUGGUGGCUUCCUCUUUGGGAAUGGUUGCUAUGGGGGGCAAAUCUUCCACUGCUUCCCAGGUGAAGAGUCUUCUGAAGGCUGAUGCCCUGAAAGAUGACCAUUUCCACACAGGCCUGUCUGAGCUUCUUUCUGAGGUGAGUGACCCACAGGCCCGUAAUGUCACAUGGAAGAUCAGCAACAGGCUCUACGGUCCAAGCUCUGUCAGCUUUGCAGAGGACUUUGUCAAGAACAGUAAGAAGCACUACAAGUAUGAACACUCGAAGAUCAACUUCCGCGAUAAGAGAAGCGCCAUUAACUCAAUCAACGAAUGGGCGGCCAAGUCAACUGAUGGCAAGCUGCCAGAAGUUACCAAGGAUGUGAAAAACACAGAUGGGGCUAUGAUCGUCAAUGCCAUGUUCUUCAAACCCCACUGGAAUGAGAAGUUCCACCACAAGAUGGUUGACAACCGUGGUUUCUUGAUUACCCGUUCCUACACUGUCUCUGUCCCAAUGAUGCACCGCACAGGUAUCUAUGGCUUCUAUGAGGAUAAAGAGAACAAGCUAUUUGUGUUGGAUAUGCCUUUGGCGCAUAAGAAGUCCAGCAUGAUUUUCAUCAUGCCCUACCACGUGGAGCCUCUGGAGAGGCUGGAGAAACUGCUUACUCGUCAACAGCUGGACACCUGGAUCAGCAAGCUUGAGGAGAGAGCAGUUGCCAUCUCUCUGCCUAAAGUUAGCAUGGAAGUCAGCCAUGACCUCCAGAAACAUCUUGGAGAAAUUGGUCUUACUGAGGCUGUGGACAAGUCUAAGGCAGAUCUGUCCAACAUUUCUGGCAAGAAAGAUCUUUACCUGGCCAACGUCUUCCAUGCGUCUGCCUUUGAGUGGGACACAGAGGGCAACCCAUUUGAUACCAGCAUUUACGGUAGUGAGAAGAUAAGGAACCCCAAACUCUUCUAUGCUGACCAUCCCUUCAUUUUCCUUGUGAAAGACAACAAGACCAACUCCGUCCUUUUCAUUGGCAGGCUAGUUCGGCCCAAGGGUGACAAAAUGAGAGAUGAAUUGUAGUUCUCAGGGAGAGCAAUUAGAAUUCUAUUUAAUGGUGUUUUAAAAUUUUAUUUUUGUUAUUAUAUGGUGUGACUGUUACCUCAUGUGCACAUUCCAAUGGAUAAUCUGUGUAUGGAUAAUCUAAGUGAACUGCUCUGCCAGUAAUGUCAAGAAAAUCAUAAUUUCAAGGAGAUAGGUGUUUAAAGUCUGGGUAAAUGCCAGUUUUAACAAUACAUCAGGAGCAAUUCAAUCCUAAAGUGAGAAAUUAGAACCCCACUAAUGUACCUAGAGGUUUGACAUCAAUAAUCUCAUGUGGCUCAUUCAAUCAGAUACUAUGCUUAUAUUAAGUAUAGUGCCAUUGAUGUUAGGCUGUGGUAUUUAUGAGUGCGCUUACAGAAUCCCGCUUGUAUGUGACAUCUGUGUAGGGUCUUGCCUUAUCUUUAAUGUUUAAAGGGAAAAGGCAUAAGCGUUUAUCAAACUCAAUUUGUGGUUCUAUGAUUUCACUCCUUGACUCCUGAACUGAUACCUGUCAACUAAACUUUUUAAUUUGUCAGAUGUCAUGUUAUGAUUAAAAAAAAAUUUACCAUGUGGGAAAGUGUGCUGAAAUUUUCUCUUUAAUUUUCUUCUGUCUCAUGUUUUUUUUCCAAUAAACU